AUGAGCAAGCAAACAUCUUUUCUUGCUGUCUAUAAGAAUGAUUAGUAAGUUUAUGGCUAGAUCAAACUUAUUGAGAUUGGAGAGAGAGAUUAAAUCUAUCUAUCAUCUGAAAGCAGCGAACCACCUAAAAGUUAAGAUUUGACAAAUGAAAAAAGUAUUAAAGAGAUUGGGUUUUAAAUUUUAGAAAAAAGCUCUCAGCGUAACUAUAGCUCUUCGAGACAAAUAAUAAAAAAAAGAUUAAAGGAUAGUCCUAAUAGAUUCAAACUGGCAGAUUUUUACUCGAAAUAUAAAACCUCAAGUGAUUCAUAAUAAUCCUAGUCUCCAUAAAAAGUAGAAGAAAUUGGUUUGGGCAGUAGAUAUAGAAAGAAAAAAUCUAAGCGAUAGAUAUCAAAAGAUAGUUCAGAAGUAUUUCUGACAAAUUUAUCACCUUUAAGACUAUCUCCCCGAAUUCUAAGUCCUCAGAGUAAACAGGAAAAAAUGUUUCAAAGAUUUAGAUCAUAAUUUACCAGCAAGGUUUAAAACUAAUAUUAAAAUUAAUCAAUUUUCACAUAGAAACAUUAAAAAUCGAAUGAGAUGAUAAAAUAAAUUGCAAACAUUGAGAAAGAAUUAGAAAACUUAGAGAAAGGUAAAAUUUAAAGUAGAUGGCAAAAUUACUAUGAAUAAAGUUCAGAAGAAAUUGAUGAAGAUAUUGAAUAAGAUUCAGAUUUAGAAGAAGAGAAUAAUGAUUAUGACAAAUAGAAUUAACUUAGUGGAACAGCACUAAUUUCGCUAAGAGCUAAAUCAAAUUUAUAGUACAGCAAUAUUAUGAAUACAGCAUCUAAAGAUGAAAAAUAUAUGAGCAGAUAAUAUCAAGGAGGUCAUCUAGCAAGACAGUAACUUAUAAGCAAAAUUUCUAAAUAAAGUCAAAAUAUAUAUUAAUAGAAACCAUUUAGAUUAGAAAUCGGUUCUUCUUAAAGGAGAAUGUCAGUACAUUUUGCUCAUAAGAGAGAUAGUAAAAUUUAAAGUACUAAGGAUUAGCAUAAUCUAAAAUCUGGUAAAAUACUUGAUAAUAAAAAGCAAGAUAGAGAGUAAUUUGCUCUUGGUGAUUUUAUAAAAAGACUUAGAACCAUCGGCUUUUAUAAAACUAUAGAAAUAAUUCAAUCUUUUAUUAAAGAGUAGAUUUACUUAUUCUUUGAAAUUAUUAGAGAAAUAUUAAAUCAUUUGGUAUAAUAGAUUACAAAGCAAGAAAAUUAUGAUUAAAUUUGGACAACUAUUCUAGCUAUUUAUAUUCUCCAAAAAAUUGGCAAGAAAAAGAAAAUGGAAUGGGUUCUUAUAUUUAAGAAAUUAUAAAGAUUACCAAUGUAAUUAGAAAUUAGUAUUCUAGGCAUUUAGAAGAAAAUUAAUUUUACAAAUAAAUGA